GUCAUAUUUUAAUAUCUGUGCAUUAAUUUCUCAUUGUUGCGCACUGUAAACCGACUUAUAUUUUUGUAUUAACUCUAACUCUAAUUUAUGUCUUGACGUAGAGCGUAUGGUGCAAGAAUAGAAAGUUUGAAAAUAGAGAACUCUCAACCCCAGUAAGAUGAAUAAGAUAAGAGUAACACCUUUUAUAUAUUCAUGCUUUCAUCGUUAGUUUUUAUUUGCAGGUUUACAUUCUUAUUUUAAGCAUAGAUAAAACUUGGCUCAAUGGUUUAGUGGUCGGUGUAACAUUUUAUCUGGGCAGUCUUAUCAUGAAGAAAUAUGCAAGGUAUUUCUCUCUUUAAUCUGUGAAAUCAGAUGCAGGCUCCUGGAGAGUCGUGCUUCAGGUGCGGUGGAUUGUAUUGUCUGUAACAAUAUGUGGCGGCAUGCACAAGUAGUUUACAUUUAUUAGAAAAGACUUGUGUUUCUUUCUUUCAGUGAAAUCUUGAGGGUGUUUGUAGUCAGAGACCUUUUCCUCGGGCCCGAUGCUGGCUCUGUCCAGGUGUCCGGCAGCUUUGAGGUCCCCGCGCUGCUCUGCCCUCUCUCUGGGGGCCACGACCAUGAGCAGCCAGCCCUCCACCACAGCCAGACCCCCGUCUCUAAGAACCCAGACAGCUCUGUUUCACCAAAGUGAAGCCAAAGCCAGUCCUGACACAAACAAGCCCUCUUCAGUGUCUUCUGUUUUCGGGCUGGAGGGGGAUCUGUUCGGGAUGGGAAUGUGGUCUUUGGGUCUGGGGGCUGUCGGAGCUGCGCUCGCUGGGAUCUUCCUGGCCAACACUGAUAUGUGUCUGCCUAAAGUUUCACAGGCAUCGAUGGAGCACCUUGAAGAGGCUGACCUGCGCUCCACCAUAGAUGAUGAUAAUGUCAUCAAAGCAAAGAGCCUGUGGGACAAGAACGGGGCUGUGGUCAUGGCCGUCCGACGUCCUGGAUGAUUUUUGUGCAGAGAGGAGGCCUCUGAGCUGUCCUCUCUGAAGUCCCAGCUGGAAGAGCUCGGAGUCCCUCUGGUCGCUGUCGUGAAGGAGAACAUCGGCACAGAGAUCCAGGACUUCAGACCGCACUUCGCUGGGGAAAUCUACAUAGAUGAAAAGCAACACUUCUACGGCCCGCUGCAGAGGAAGAUGGGGGGUCUGGGCUUCAUUCGCCUCGGCGUGUGGCAGAACUUCAUCCGGGCAUGGAGGUCUGGUUACCAGGGCAACAUGCACGGAGAGGGCUUCAUCCUGGGGGGAGUGUUUGUCGUCGGAGCAGGAGACCAGGGGAUUCUCCUGGAACACCGGGAGAAGGAGUUUGGCAACAAAGUGGACACUGCAGAAGUUCUGGAGGCUGUUAAGAAAAUUGUGCCAGUUAAAUAAGUCAUUUUUUAAGCAUUAAACAUAGGUGUUUUUAGAUCAAAACUAGAAUAACAAUUCGUCCAUCACUGUAAUAUAACGACAUUUAAGUUUGUGGUGUAUAAAGUCACAAUAUAUUUCUUCAUUUGCACUUACGAAAGCAAAGCUGUGAAAUUCAGGACAAUAUUACACUUAUUAUUCUUGUUUAUCUCUGCGGACACCUAGAAGAAGGUGCGACGGGUAUUAAAAACAGGUAGUAAGGGACUUAAAGGCAGCAUUUUCAUUCAGGUGCAUCAGCCACUUAAAGACACUUGAAAUCUUCCUUUUAGAGAACCACAUGAAUCAAACUAAGGCUGGGUUGCAUUUGAUUAGCUAUUCUAUUAGCUGCCUGUUAGCGGUACAUUUCUAACAAUGUUCCUGUGUGUCACUUUCUCUGUUUGCUUCUCCUGGUCAGGCGCCACAACGGACCUCUAGCAUGGCGGACAGGUGUGUGUGCAGCCUGUGUGUGUGAUAAUGACAACCUGUCUCCAAACUCAACAUAGAGAGGAGCAGGUUUGAUGCUCAAACACACACCGGCUCAGCCACUGGCGCCAUGUUGAGGAGUGUUUGUGCUGCCUGGAGCGUGUGUGUGUGUGACGGAGUGUGUGAAAGUAAACUCAAGAAAAUGAAAGUAAUAAAUAAAGAAGACCUCAUCACAAUAUUU